GGAGCUGUCAGGAUCUGUGCUGCAGAAUGUCAGCUUCAAUCAGUGAAGUACUGACCAUCAUUGGAGGCCUCACGGUCGUUUUCCACCUGCUGAGACUGACCUGGAGAUGUUGGCGCGGGCUCAGAGAGUUUGUUCUGGCAGAGGUUUGGCACAUGGAUUUAAGGACAUAUGGGCGAUGGGCAGUUGUAACCGGCGCUACAUCGGGCAUUGGUAAAGCUUACGCCUGUGAGCUGGCACGUAGAGGCCUGGAUGUUGUCCUGGUGAGCAGAUCUGACGAUAAACUGCGAAUAGUUGCCAAAGAAAUAGAGCAUCAGUACGGACGAAAGACUCGCACGAUCAGAGCGGACUUCACAGACGGCCACAGCAUCUACCCGGCCAUCGCUGAGGGACUGCAAGGCCUGGAGAUUGGAAUUCUGGUCAACAAUGUAGGAAUGUCCUAUUCUGAUCAUUUUGCCUGUUUCCUGGAUGUACCAGAUCCUGAACGGAAAAUCACUGAGGUCAUCAACUGUAACAUGCUGUCUGUCCCUCAGAUGACCAGACUGGUCCUUCCAGACAUGAUCAAAAGAGGCAAGGGGCUCAUCAUCAAUAUUUCCUCUGAGGCCGGCGUCCGCCCGCAGCCUUUGCUGUCACUUUACUCCGCCACCAAGAUUUUUGUAACAUACUUCUCUCAGUGUCUGAACGCUGAGUACAAGGGAAAGGGAAUUAAUGUGCAGUGUGUGGCCCCCUUCAUGGUGUCCUCCAACAUGACGCACAACAUGAAAGCCAACUGCUUUGUGAAAAGUGCUUCUGGGUUUGCACAUGAAGCUCUGAACACCGUGGGUCACUCCAGCUACACCAGUGGGUGUCUGUCCCACGCACUGCAGAACGUGGCCCUAACCGUUCUCCUGCCGGACUGGUUGCGCAUGUCACAAUUCCUUGUCAGGAAACUCCAACGCUUGGCAGAGGUGAUAACUGUAAAGAGAAGAGCGAGGGAGGAAGAGGACAAACUCAGAGAGAAGGAAGAGUAAUCGUUUACUUCGAAUUAUCGCUAAUAUGAAUAUAUACAGUAUGCGUUAGUGUAGGUCAGAUACCUAAAAUGUAUAUAGCAAGGUAAAUACUAAUAUAUUUAUUUGUUUACAUUUAUUUAUGGUGAAUUAUUGCAUUACGGUUGUAAUUAUCUGUCCAUAUUUAAUUAUCCACGUUCAACAGCCUUAAUCCACUGUAUUAGAAAUUUCUUUUCUCUCUUGCUGUAUUUAUUAUUAAACU